AUUUGAUGAUAAUGGUCGAUAAUCCAGCAGCCGUCGUGCCAAAUGGCUUGACCAAGCCACAGCCAUUGGAACUGCUCUUCAGACAAGUCUGCUACAAGCUAAAAGGUUCAAAGCAGCCGAAGAAUCAAAUUCUAAAUGAAACCUGUGGAGCGUUUCGAGCUGGCCGCCUGACAGCCAUACUGGGACCCUCCGGAGCGGGCAAGUCAACGCUGCUCAAUGUCUUGGCUGGCUUUAAAGUCAGUGGCGUUUCGGGCCAGUUUCUGCUCAAUGGACAGCCGAGGGAUUUGCUUGCCUUUCGAAAAAUGUCUUCGUAUAUAGCUCAGAACUUCGAGAUGCUCUCGCUGCUCACGGUGCAGGAAACGUUGUGUGUUUCCGCAGAUCUGAAGCUGCCCACGGGCACAACGGCACUGCAAAAGCAAAUUAUUCUGGAUGACAUUAUCGAGGUGCUUAACUUGCAUUCGUGUCGGCACACGCUGGUCCGGGACAUUUCUGGAGGGGAACACAAGCGUCUGUCCAUUGGCAUUGAGCUGAUCACCAAUCCGCCGAUUAUGUUCUUUGAUGAGCCCACCAGUGGACUGGAUAGCGUGGCCACCUACCAGGUGAUGGGCUAUUUGCAGAAGUUGGCGCACAAUGGCAGAAUUGUGGUUUGUGUGGUGCACCAGCCCAGUUCGCGGCUGAUGCAGCUCUUCGACGAUGUCUUGGUGCUUGCACAUGGCGAAGUACUUUUUGCGGGCGCACAACGUGAGAUGCUGGAGAGUUUUCAAGCAGCUGGCUUUAGCUGUCCACAGUAUUACAAUCCCGGCGAUUUCGUGCUCGAGGUGGGCAGCGAGUCAUCCAAUCAGCGCUGCGAGACUUUGAUCGCACAAAACAAAUCCAAGUAUGAUAGCCUACAGAGCUUUGAUAGCGUUCCGGCGGAUGAGCAGACAGCUUUCAUUGAGCUAUCCAAGAGUGCGUCCGUGAAUCAAGUGCUGCGGCCCAAGGAGCAGGUGGGCUUCUGGUAUCAGCUGCGCAUACUUAUGCACAGACAUUUGCGUGCCAUGUCCAGGGAUGCAAUUGCCGUGCAGAUGCGUGUGAUUAUGCACGUUGUAGUUGGCCUGCUCUUGGGCGUGGUCUACUGGCAGAUUGGCAACGAUGCCAACAAGGUCAUAAGCAACGUCUCCUGCAUGUUCUUCAUCAUACUCUUCGUCUUCUCUGGCAAUGCAAUGCCCUCCAUACUGCUCUGCAUUCAGGAUGCGCCCGUAUUCAUCAGGGAGUACUAUAAUGGCUGGUACUCUCUCAGAGCCUAUUAUGUAUCCAAGGUGUUGGCCGAUUUGCCUCUGCAGCUGCUGUGCCCGAGCUUAUUUAUAGGAAUUGGUUACUUUAUGACUGGACAGCCGCCGGAGCUGGCGAGGUUUGUCAUGUGCUGGUGCAUCUGCGUACUGACCGCCUUCAUUGGACACUUUAUAGGCGUCAUUGGUGGCACCUUGCUAUCCAUGCAACUGGCCAUAUUCAUCGUGCCCACCAUGUCGAUACCGUUUCUGCUCUUCUCUGGCUUCUUUAUACGCAUGCGUGAACUGUCCUGGUUUUUGCGUCCCAUUUGUGAUUUCUCCUUUUUCCGCUACAUCUUCGAGGGACUCAUGCGUUCCAUUUACGGCUAUCAGCGCGGCGAUCUGCCCUGUCAUGAGGAUUUCUGCUAUUACAAGUCAUCCGAGCACUUUCUCAAAGACUUCGACAUGUUGGGCGAUAUGGUUCAUUCGGAUAUCCUGAUAUUGGGAAUAUUUCUACUCAUCCUGUUGAUCACCUUCAAUGUAUCACUGCAUGUGUGCAUCCGACGUGCGCUGUGAGAUAGCUUAAUUUGCAUUAGAGUUAGUUUAUCUAAAAUAUGAAUUUCUGAUGGAAUAGCAUAAUAAUUAAUAUAUAGAGAUAUAAGUAUACUCCAAGUGCGACUCCGAAUAGUUAUAAUAUAUACAAACAUAUAUACUAAACAAUACAGAUUGGAGAUGGUCCCUUCUGCCUCUAAUAUACAUUUGCAUACAACACUAACAUAUUUUGAAUAGGUUCAGGGCUCAAAUGUUUGGAUCAAGUAAAAACACA